AUGGCACUCAGUUUAUCGGCGAGCAAGCGGGUCGCUUACCAUGAUUUGUUCAUGGAUCUACACGGAAGAAGGCCGUCGGGAAGGAUACGGCUGGUAAGUGAAGCCGCUCCUGAGGCCUCUGCUGCGUGGGCAACUUCAUGGAGUGCCUUUGCGUCGGGGGGUGCGCAAGACGCUGGAAUGGGUCGGUCAAAGAAACGAAAGUUGGCGGGUGAGCACGUAGCCGUGGCUUUCAAUCGUACAAAAGGACAAGCAUCAACAGAGCUAUUCUUCCACGUCGCCGUAUUCCGAUGCGACACGUGGGCACUGCAGUGGGUGGCGCGUGCUAGUUCCGCCGACCCCGCGGCGCGCGUGCUUGACGUGUGCUGUCUAAGUGCUAAUAUUGUUGCCUUCCUCGUCGAAUGCAAGGACGAGAGUGAAACCCGGGCAGAGUUGUGUAUUGCCACAAGGUUUAGUAUCCCAUCCUCUGAGAACCUAAGCAAUGUCAGGUGGCGGUCAUUCAUAUCUGAAGCCCGUGUGGUGGACACAGGUUUUACUGCCGAAGGUAUUCGCAGCAUUCAAGCACUUUCAGCCACAUCACUACUUGUGCUUACAGGCAGCGGCCGCUUGGUACGGGCUACCGUGUCCCGCAUGGAAACAAUGGAGACGACGUGCGAGCAGGUUGCCUCAUUGAGCGUCAUGAUUCGGCGUACCCGCGGCACGCACACCACACCUGCGCUAGUGGUUUCUCGCAACUGUUGCGGGAAAGGCGGUGCUGAAACGAAGACAAAGGACCGGACUUACGCAGCUGUGUUGAACGACAAUGGCUCAAAGUGUUAUGUGUUAGAUCUGAUGGCCCCUUGUGCGUCGCGGAAGUUACAGCACAUCACUUUUCCCAAAGACACAAUUGCGGAGCGGGUUGAGUUUGCUGGAUCGUAUAUGCUGGUGGUGACACUUCGCCUUAAGGAGAGUUCGUUAUACGUGUUGCAGUUUACGUGCCUGGUUCCACAGGACUCGCCCUCCGAAGGGUCUUUCACAAUGACUUCCUUUGACCUAAUCCACCUGACGGCCCGGCGCACUCCACUUGCAACUAUGUACGAUUCUGAGAAGGAGACACACAUUGUUGUGUCACAAUGGCAGGAUACCGCUGAGGAUUCUUCGACUUCUGAGGUUGUGGAGACGGAGCAGUGGUGGAGGCGAAUGGAAUUCGCUGAGGUUUCGCUGGCAAGUGGGCCUUACACGACCGAUGUGCUACGCGGGGCGACAUGGCUUCCGCUUCCCGAGCCGUUUCGCUCCGAUGUGCCUGCCCUGCGCACGGUUGUAGGGAGCGGUGUGGACGGCGACGACGGUGAGGCUGCUGAGGUGGAAUAUCACCAGGAACUUUCUCUGCUUAACAAGGAACGUGUAACUGGGUCGUGGCUGCCCCUUUACUUGCAUUACGCUUUGGCAACCCCCUUAUCUCGCAUGGGGGAUGGGGUGCGGGAGGUAAAGACGGUGCUUGUAACAGUGUUUGCAAUUGAGACGGCACCGUUUGUUCACACACGUUUAGCCAAACAGUGGCACAACGCUGUGCAGGGACUGUUAUUUCUUCUUGGUGUGGGGUGGAAUGUCGGAGAGCAUCGCGGUAAAAUGAAGCAGAUUGCGGAUGGCGUUCCCGCAUUUGCCGUUCCAUGGAACCCAGGGCACAUGCGUCGGGCGUUGCGUCUUUUUGGGCAGCGGGCCCUGCGACGGCUCUUUUCAUCGGUGGCAUGUGCGCUCCGCCACUCAGCGGAGCCAUCAGCAGCGCAACAGCUAUUUUACGGCGUGGCCACGACCUCUUUGACAGACGUUGCAAUGCAAAUAAUUACCUUGUCGAGAAGGGUGGGGGCUCAUUUGAGGGCAGAGGAUGUGGAGACGGUAGUGUUGUUACUGCGCGCCUCGCGUGACUUGGGACAUGCGAUUGUUAAUCACACCACACGUAGUCAAGUUUUACUGGAAUGCAUUGUAAAGGGCCGAAUGGCAGGCCGCGUUCUGGGGGGAUUCGAUGGCCGCACAAAAGGGGAUGCGGGUCGCGGUGCCGAAGGUGAUGAUGAGAAAAAUGAUGAAGUGAAGGAGAGGCGGCAAGAGUCGGUUGGGUUUCUCAGCGGAGCGAGCGAAAUGCGUGUAGAACGGAUGCUUCACAACCGUUACACCACCAAUGACUGGUCGCAACAGCUGCUAUUGAAGAGGAGUCAACACGCCGAUGUCGUGGCUCAGGCCCGUCUGUAUUUGAACGAUGUGUUACCGUUUGUGCAGCACAAACAAGAACAACCGAUCUGCGAGGAGCAAAAGCAGCAACGGCAGCACCAGGGGAGGGAAGAGGAAGAUGAGGAGGUAAGUGAGGAAGAGCAUAAUCAGAAGGGAAGAAAGACCGCCAUGAAUGACGCAUUACUACCUGACUGGGUAUUCAUGGGGCGUCGCCCACAUGCUGACGCCGGUUUCACGGAAUACGAAGGUAUACUUUUGCGACCUGGAGGGGCUUCCAACUAG